AUGGCAUUGACAUCAUUCGUGCUCUACGGUAUUGGAGUGAUACUGCUGAUCAACUCCGGAUAUUCGUCAUACGAACACCGCCAGCUGUCUAAGACUCUGCUGCAUUCAAGACAUUUCCCUCUUCCGUUGGACGUGAAGAUGGAAGCAGUUGUUGGAUGCGUGCUGGUGCUCAUUGGUGCAAUAAUAUCGAUUCAACCAAAUCAAACACAUGUCGUUGACGUGGCUAGCGGGUCGGUGGUCGAAGGCUACACGGAGGAAGCCUUGAGGCCUAUAGAUAUGGGUAAAGCCACCAUCAGACAGGAGGCCAUGGGGACUAGCGAUUAUGCCCAGAUUGAGAACAGACCAGGGUACAUUGAUAUAAGAGCAAGAAGGAAGGAAUAUCAGGAGUGGCUGGCCACCGAAAAGAAGUAA